AUCUGGGAUGGUUCCCUCUGUACAGAUCUCUGUGUUGAUUGUCAACACAGAACUCUGGGCUGUGAUUUUACACAGCUGAUCAGCAGGUCCCAACUCUAAAUCAUUGGCUGGGACCAGGGGCGGACUGACAACUCAUGGGGCCCCCAGGCAAUAGGGGAUCAUGGGGCCCCUGUAUCCUUGCCCAAACUCAAAAAAGCCUAUGAAAAAGGUACCAGGGGCAUCUCAUGUGGCCCCCUACUGUCCCUGGGCCCUUGGGCAGUGC